CUCCUCUGUUGUUCAGCUGUUCGGAACAGUUGUGUGUAUUUCAUUACCACGUUCAGUCAACGUAACUAUUCACUGAAAUGGGGACUGCUUUCGGGUUUUGCGACCUGUGCAUAAAUGUAGAAAUUUUAGAUAAAACAAGAUGUCGUAAGGUGCUGGAUAAAUUAUACGAAAUGGGCUAUUCAACAGUAGCAAUCAACCGAACAAUAGAAGAGACAGUUUUCGAAACUGAAAAGAAAAACAAGAAAAAAACCAGCGACAAUGAAGCCCCGGGAGUUACUGUCCCAAGCCCUCCAGACAUCACUGAUUUAGUUUCAGAAUAUGCAGGAAAGCUUCGUAUUUUAAAUCGUCUUACGUUCGUGUUCGGAGAUCCCACAAGGACCCAUACGCUGAAUCAAUCAUCGAGUCUGAGGAAAUAUGACUUGUACGCUGUUGCACCUAAAACACAAGCAGCGUUUCAGUUUGCUUGCUCCCAACUCAAUACUGACAUCAUAUUAGUAAACAGAAAUUGUGUUGGGCUAAAACUGAGCAGGAAAUUAUAUUUACAAGCUGCAGAGAGAGGGAUUAAUUUUGAAAUCCAAUACUGUGAUGUUAUCAGUAACGCGAACAGAAAAUUUGCUAUACAUUACUCUCACCUGUUCCAUAUGUUUGGCAAAAGCAAAAACAUCUUUAUCAGUAGCGGAGCUUCAAUGCCAACCCAAAUUAGGAGUCCCUAUGAUAUAAUAAAUUUAGCUUCUAUUCUGGGAUUGAAUGAGACAAAAGCCAAAGCUUCAAUCCUCUCGCAGAGUCGAUAUGUCAUUUUGAGAGCAGAAGGAAGACGCUAUGGAAAAGCAGUUUUUCAAAUACAAACAUCUAGUACUGAAAGAAAAGAGAUGGAAUCGAAAAUGGAAAUAGAAACGGAGGAAGCAGAUGAUGAACAUGGUCAUACUUAUACCGAAGCGAAAAAAAUCAAACUGUGAUCAAUCGGGAAAGAAAUUCAUGACAAUAAGAGAUAAUAAAAAUAAAAUAGGUCUGUACGAUCUGAGUUGGCUAUAUUUAAAAAGAUAAAGAUUUGUUACAUAACCAGUAUUUCUUUCUACACAAUAAUAGGUACUUAUUUGUUGUUAAUAUUAGAAGGGAAAAUAAUUUACACGCUUAUCCAUUGGUAUUUUACAUCUGGUAGCUAUAUCUAAGAUCUGUUAUGAUUAAAUUAAAUCUAUCUUAAUUUAGCAUCAACAUAUCAACGAAAGUUUUCUUAACGCAAUUAUCCACAGUUUUACAUAUCGUUGGAAAAAUCUUUGUACUUAAUGUACUUUAUAAAGAAAAUAAUAAAAUCGAUAUUAGCAUAUUAUACAUUCCACAGACGAACACAGACUCGACUUUGUAAACAGGAUGACGCAAAGAGGAAAUUAAAAUGAGCAAAAGUAAACUUUUACUGUACGUUUAUAGAUUUUAAUUGGUAUCGGAAGAUCCAAAUUAUUUAUAGACUAUUCUCCUUCUGAACACCUUUCAACUUCAGUCUUUGAAAUAGGACACAACAUACAUAUUCCCUUUGCUUGGUUAUUGUAGAACAAGACAAGCUUUGUUGCACUUCUUGCAGUUAAAAUUGAAUCGUGAUCCAAGAAGAAUUAUAUGUUCGUUCAAUUUUAAAUACAGUUCAUUGCUAAUUCACUAGAUUUGUCCAGACUAGUUACAUACAUAUAUUUAUUUUAAACUGCACAGUAUUCAAACGUUUAGUUGAGGCUGAGACACAACAAGUUUCCUCAGUUUCGAGCGUAUCAUAUCUACAUUACACAAUCAUUAACUAUCGAUUGAUAAAUACGUCUGAAAAUUUA